GCGCAGAAGAUAAGACCAAGCUGGAUGUACUGGAAGAACUUUUCUACCGAAUUGAAGUGGACAAUUUCAGUUCGGCUCAACGGCGGUAAUGUGAGUUGCGAUAUGGUCACCAGCAUUUCCUGUUCGGUGACCACUUGCUGAAUUUCACACAUCAGCCCAUAAGCAACUGAAGCAAAGUGGCAAACACGCUGGCUUGGUCUCAGGCGAUUGGCGCUGUUUUGCUGAAGCACGUUUUAUCAAUGGAUCGAUAAGAUAGCGCCAUCGAGCCUUUCGCCGCGUGUGACUGGUCGGAGAAACUGAAACACUGAAACUGCGACUGGUUUUGGUCUGUGUAGGUCCGAGACGGUUUCGCUAUCGUUGUGCGGCCGGUUCCAUUAUUUAUCAGUUAUGAGCUGAGUCAACCGCGUGCUAACGCGAGACGCGCGUACUCGGUUUGAGUAAAUAUGCGCCAGAACGUUUUAGUGUGUUGGGCCGAGCGGGAUUCGUACGUUUUAAUACAUCGGUGAUGGACCCUUACCUGGGCUUGGCGCAGAGUAAAUCGAAGCCCCGUAGUGUGCUCGAUGGUUUUUCUAACCGUCAUCUAACAGCCGUAAAAGGAGGGAGGCCUAGCCGCCCACCGAUACGCACCAAUAGACCUGUAUCCACCUCAUCGCUUGUAGAACCUUCUGAACAUUAUCGUCUCUUACAACAAGACCAUUUGGCGCUGCUGAAGAAGCAGAAACAACUGGAGGAGAGCUACUCCUCGCUAGAAGAGCGAUUCGAUAAACUAAAACUGGAAUACGAAACACUCCAGAGCGCGUACGAGGAGCUACAGGAGAACUAUAGCGCUUCGUCACAGAAGAACUUUACAGCCGGCAAACUCCUCGUGUACUUAAAGUUGAAGCGACGAGCUGACAAAAGCGCGCUGGAGAACCGUAACAUAAUCAAAAAUGAGGCGUGCUUCAACACUUUUCUCAAGGAUGUCAUUAUGGCCGAUCAUCCCCGGAUACCGCGAGUUAUCUACGAGUGCGUCAGUGUGCUGGAGUCGAAUGAAAAGUUUCUAACCGUACCGGGUCUGUACCGUGUGUCGGGCGAUUACAAUGUGAUCCAGAACCUGCGCUACGAUAUCAACGCGAACCAGUACAAGAAACUGCGGAAACUAAAGAGCCCCCAUGAGGUGUGCGGUAUCAUUAAAUUAUUUCUACGCGAGCUGAAGGAUCCUCUGGUGUCACUGCAGAUGUGUUCGGAGAUCAUUUCGAGCGUAGAGGAGCUAAAAUCCAACAAACGGGCAAAGGUAUUGCAGCUCGUUAACGCGCUGGAUGACCUUCGACUGCAGACGCUCAAGUUUCUAAUGAAACAUCUUCGCAACGUGGCGAAUACAGCGGAGAACGAAAUGGACGCAUACAGUCUGGGGCUGCUGAUGAGCUCCUGCAUCUUCAACGAAACGUUGGCGGAUGUGUGUCCGGUGAAGUUUGAAAAGCAAAUGAGAAUGUACUGGACGGUGUUUCUUCUGUUGGGAGUGAUCAUCUCGUUGUUGGCCCUUUUCGACUGGAAAGCGAAACGGUACGAUAGCGUUCCAGGACCUCGACGAUGGCCCUUUAUUGGAAAUGUCGUCUCAUUUCUAGGUGUUGGUCCUGUCGAGAUAUUUGCUCAACUGAUCGCGCUCGGAAAGACGUACGGAAAGGUGUACAAGCUGGAUUUCUUCUACGAUUACACCAUCGUCUAUUCGUCGCCUGAGGCAGUUGAGGCCAUUGUAACAUCACCCGUUUUAGCUGCCAAGUCACAGGAUUACGAUAAGGUGUCGGAAUGGAUCGGCAAUGGCCUGCUCGUAUCUCGAGGGCCCAAGUGGUUCAGCCGGCGGAAGGUUAUCACGCCGGGGUUUCAUUUCAAAAUAUUGGAGGACUUUGUACCGUCCUUUAACCGGCAGGCGGAAGCGUUCUGCCGCAAACUGGAAGCAUUAGCGCGAGAACCCGGCCGCGAGGCGAUCGAUAUCUUUCCGGAGCUGAAGCUGCUGACGCUCGGGAUCAUCUGUGAAACGGCCAUGGGUGUGGACAGUGCAGAGGACACUGCUCAGCAGGCAUACUACACCCGAAUAGUGGAGGAAUUAAGCUCCAUUCUUUAUUGGCGUAUGUUCAACGUAUUCGUUAACAUUGACGCAUUGUUCCGACUAACCAGCACGAGUCGUCGUUUCGACGAGCUAGUAAGGAAAUCGUGGAACUUUACGCUCAAUAUGAUCGAUAAACGAAGGAAGAUCAAUGAAGAGACUCUGCGAGUCGCCAGCCCCGAUGAGCGGAAAGAUGAAACAUAUGGAAGGCAUAAGAGAGCGUUGCUCGAUACGCUGCUUGACGCCCGGAUAGAUGGUAAACCGUUGACGGAUGAUGACAUACGGGAAGAGGUGGACACUUUUACAUUUGCCGGUCACGAUACGACAGCAUCAGCCAUGACGUUUCUGCUAUACAACGUCGCCAAGCAUCCUGACGUUCAGGACCGGCUGUAUGAAGAAAUUCUGGAUGAAUUCGGGCCAGAGUCCACAGAACUAACUCUCAGUAUGAUUAACAAUCUUCGUUACAUGGAUCUGGUUAUCAAGGAAUCGCUUCGAUUGUAUCCGCCAGUACCGAUAAUAGCACGUAUUGCGACAGAAAAUACAGAAGUAUUGGGUGAACGAAUAACACGCGGAACCAGCGUGGCUGUUGAUAUUUUCCUCAUGCACCGGAGUGAAGAAUAUUUCCUCGAUCCAGACCGAUUUGAUCCAACACGAUUCGAAGGGAUGCGCGAUACCGAUACGUUCAAUCCCUACACGUACAUACCGUUUAGUGCUGGCAGUCGGAACUGCAUCGGACAAAAGUUUGCACAAUACGAAAUGAAAAGUGUGCUUGUGAAGAUCCUGCAGCAUUUUAGCGUGCGGUUGACACGGGAGAAUUAUGAGCCAACAUUGAAAGCCGAAAUCGUACUCAAACCCGCCACAGGACUGCCAUUAAAAUUCGUGAGAAGGCAUUAG